GGACACAGUCUUUGAAAAACAGGGCCGGUCACAAGGAACUUCUUCAAGAUUUUAAUAUGAAAGGAACAUCUUAAAGGACAGUGUGUUUAUCAGACACAAAAUCAGCAGUUACCUACACGAUCAAAACGAGCAACCAACGAGGGCGGCUCUCCGAAUACCUAGUAGUUACUUUUUCCUCCUAAACUUUGCAGGUUGCACUACGGGGAGGGGACCUGCAUUUCGCCGCCAAGGACAACCACGGGCCAAGUCCCCCUCAAGGAGACCCGGGACAAACAAGGGCGGGGGAGCGCAGAUAACCCAGACUGCGCCGCGCCGGGCCCGGAGGAGGGACUGGUCUCACUCCCCGCCUCACUUCCUUCCGAGCGAGCAGCAAAGCUUCCUCUUUCGUCGUCCACCUCCAGGCCGCGCCCGCUAACCCGCCCGCCUCAGCCAGGGCGGAACAGCUCUCAGCUCAGCUGGCCCUGUGGAGCGCUCCCCGCUGCGCCUGCGCAGUGCAAACUCGGAAAGGCCGCCCCCGCGCGGCGCCGGUAGGGAGCAGGGUCCAGGCGCCGGCCUCCUCCUCCCGGACCGCGGUCCGAGGCCCCGCCCCCUUUGCCUCACGCCGCUAGAGCCCUCCGCGCCGUGUCGCUGCGGCCGGACGGAGACGAGCGCCUCUCGGCCAAUGAGAGGGUCGGGAACGAAAAAGGGACGAAAAAAGACUGGGCGGCUGACCAAUCACGAGGCCUCAUACCCGGACGGGCUUGCGCAUGCGGGGCUCUGAAAGCCGGCUGGGCGCUGGGGUGGGGGCUUCUGCACGUGGGCCCGGGCUGAGGACCCCGCGGAGGGUGUGGGCGUGUGCAAAUUGAGCUCAGCGGCUCGGGAGCGUUGGCAGUGUCAGCGUCGUUCCCUUGGGUGUUGAGUCGGGGCUCACAUCGGUCUGUUUGUCAGUGGGUAGACUUCUCCCCGCAGCGCCCCGGAGCCCCUCAGAUGGUACUUCCCGGGCAGUAGAUCCUGAACUCGCCCCUCGGGCAGAGGGACCAUGAAUCUCCUACCGAAAAGCUCCAAGGAGUUUGGCUCUGUUGACUACUGGGAGAAAUUCUUCCAGCAGCGAGGAAAGCAGGCUUUCGAGUGGUAUGGGACCUACCUGGAACUGUGCGGGGUGCUGCACAAAUACAUCAAGCCGAGAGAGAAGGUGCUCGUGAUUGGCUGCGGCAACUCAGAGCUGAGCGAACAGCUGUAUGAUGUGGGCUAUCGGGAUAUAGUGAACAUCGACAUCAGUGAGGUGGUCAUCAAGCAAAUGAGGGAACGCAACGCCAGCCGACGGCCCCAGAUGAGCUUCUUAAAGAUGGACAUGACACAGAUGGAGUUUCCCGAUGCCUCGUUCCAGGUGGUGUUGGACAAGGGCACCCUGGAUGCUGUCCUGACGGAUGAGGAGGAGAGGACCCUGCAGCUGGUGGACAGGAUGCUGGCUGAGGUUGGCCGUGUCCUGCAGGUGGGCGGGCGCUACCUCUGCAUCUCCCUGGCUCAGGCUCACAUCCUGAAGAAAGCAGUGGGUCACUUCUCUCGGGAGGGGUGGAUGGUGAGGGUGCACCAAGUGGCCGACAGCCAGGACCAGGUGUUGGAAGCAGAGCCUCGGUUUUCCCUGCCUGUCUUUGCCUUCAUCAUGACCAAGUUCAGGCCCGUCCCUGGCUCUGCCCUUCAGAUCUUUGAGCUGUGUGUUCAGGAGCAGGGCAAGCCUGUGCGGCUGGAAAGUGCUGAGCGGCUGGCAGAGGCCGUGCGGGAGCGGCAGCAGUAUGCCUGGCUGUGUGGCCAGCUCCACCGCAAGUCUGGGCUGGGGAGUGUGUCUCUGGACUUGUGCAAUGGGGACACAGGGGAGCCACGCUACACCCUCCACGUGGUGGACAGCCCCACUGUGAAACCAUCGCGGGACAAUCAUUUUGCCAUUUUCAUCAUUCCCCAGGGCCGGGAGACUGAGUGGCUGUUUGGCAUGGAGGAGGGCCUGAAGCAGCUGGCAGCCAGCGCAGGCUUCAGGAGGCUGAUCACAGUGGCCCUUCAUCGAGGUCAGCAGUAUGACGGCAUGGACAGUAUUCAGGCCGAGCUGUCGGCCAGAGUCAUGGAACUGGCCCCAGCUGGGAUGCCCGCUCAGCAGCAGGUGCCCUUUCUGUCUGUGGGUGGAGACAUUGGAGUCCGGACUGUUCAGCACCAAGACUGCAGCCCCUUGAGUGGCGACUAUGUCAUUGAGGAUGUGCAAGGGGAUGACAGGAGAUACUUUCGCCGGCUGAUCUUUCUCAGCAACAGGAAUGUGGUGCAGUCCGAAGCCAGGCUGCUGAUGGAUGUGUCUCGCAGAGCCCAGAAGAAACGGAAAAAGGACAAGAAGAAGCAGCGGCCUGUUGAUGACCUCUCUCCAGCUCCAGGGCAGUCCAUCGAUAAAAGUUACCUGUGCUGUGAACACCAUAAAGCCAUGAUUGCCGGCCUCGCUUUGCUGAGAAACCCGGAGCUGCUUCUAGAGACCCCACUGGCACUGUUGGUAGUGGGCCUGGGCGGGGGCAGCCUCCCUCUCUUUGUCCAUGAUCACUUCCCCAAGUCCCGCGUGGAUGCUGUGGAGAUCGACCCCUGCAUGUUGGAAGUGGCCACUCAGUGGUUUGGCUUCUCCCAGAGUGACCGGAUGAAAGUCCACAUUGCAGAUGGGUUGGACUAUGUUACCCGCCUGGCAGGAGGAGAAGCACGGACUCACUACGACGUCAUAAUGUUUGAUGUAGACAGUAAGGACCCUACGCUGGGAAUGAGUUGUCCACCCCCAGCAUUUGUGGACCAGCCUUUCCUGCAGAAGGUGAAAAGCAUCCUGACAGAUGCAGGUGUCUUUAUCCUGAACCUUGUGUGCCGAGACGUAGGGCUGAAGGACUCAGUGCUGGCUGGACUCAGGGCGGUGUUUCCUCUCCUGUACGUUCGGCGAAUUGAAGGAGAAGUGAACGAGAUCCUAUUCUGUCAGCUGCAUCCUGAGCAGAAGCUUGCCACGCCAGAGCUCCUAGAAAUGGCGCAGGCCUUGGAGUGGACCCUGAGGAAACCUGGGAGGGGCUGGGAUGACACGUAUGUCCUGUCCGAUAUGCUCAAGACGGUAAAGAUUGUGUAAUCACGGAGGCCAUGCAGUCCUCUGAGCUUCCUGCCCAGACUGACAUUGGAUUCCUGGCCUGGCAAAAACCGAAGACCUACAAUGCACAAUGCCUUUAGAAGUUUUAUCUUUUCUUGAUUUCAUACUCUUACUACCUGCAGGCUCAAGCUGGGUGAGAUCACCUGCAGAUCUGGGAAAUAAAGUCCUUCCCGUUCUGUCCUCUUCAGUGUCACUUGGGUUGAUCAUCAUUGUUUCCCACGCCAUGUCCCUGCAGAGGCUUCCUUGCUGGAACUCCUAGCAGACAUCGCAUAAAUGUCUCAAGAAAUAUGUGCCAAGCUCUUUAGAACCGAUUUGAUUGCACCUCUUGUUACUGCUUUGUGUUUGCUUUAUCCCUUUGAGUUUCUGUAGGAAGCAGCUCGAGUGAGAUAGCAGAGAACUAUAUGCCAAAAGACUGACUGGUUUCCUUGUAGAAGCAGAGUUUUGAGAAUAUCUGCUCCGUGUCUCCCGCAGAUGGACUUGUCACUAAAAUUGUACUAAUUUUAGGAAUCCACUCGCCUACUCAGAAGCUUGCCUUAACUACCCAGAUGUUAGAGGCUAAGCCGUUUGUCCUGAUCUCUGUGAUGAGGAUUUGGAUAGCUGUCUUCAUCACUGUGUAUGUCAGAGACCUGGCAGACGGAAGUCUCUGGUAUUUGUUUACUCACGUUUACUAAGUGACAGUUACAUGCCAGACUGUGUAAAGAGCUGUAAUGGAAGUAAGACGCUUAAAAAUAGCAAAAAACAAAAGCAAAACCUUAAGCACACAGAUUAGUAAUAUAAGUUAAUGUGUUCCAGGCACUAUUCUCAGUGGUGUACAUAUAUUAUCUCAUUUAAUCUGAGAUAAAAAAUACUUAAACCAAAACUCCAUCUAACCCCAAAUCUCACUUGAGCCAGAACUAUCAAUCAUACAUGUUUGUUGAGACCAUUAAACCAGUUGUUCCAGUA